CAGCUAUAAGAGCCCCUGGCCCACGCUGGCACCCAGCUGCUGCGGCGUCAUGGCCAAGUCAUACCUGCUGCCCUGGCUGCUGCUGCCCCUGCUAUGUGGCCCUGGUGCUGCUGUCUGGACCGCCUCAUCGCUGGCCUGUACCCAAGGGCCCAAGUUCUGGUGCCAAAGCCUGGAGCAAGCAUUGCAGUGCAAAGCCCUAGGACACUGCCUUCAGGAAGUCUGGGGACAUGUGGGAGCCGAUGACCUGUGCCAAGAGUGUGAGGACAUCGUCCGCAUCCUCACAAAGAUGGCCAAGGAGGCCAUUUUCCAGAAAACCAUUCGGAAGUUCCUGGAGCGCGAGUGCGACGUCCUUCCCUUGAAGUUGCUUGUGCCCCGGUGCCGCUCUGUGCUCGAAGACUACUUCCCCCUGGUCAUCGACUACUUCCAGAGCCGCAUCACCCCAAAGGACAUCUGCCAGAACCUGGGCCUGUGCCAACCCGGGCAGCCAGAGCCGGAGCUGGAGCCAGAGCCAGGGAGGCCGGACCCUCCGCCUGGCUCGCUGCCGGAGCCUCUUCCAGACAAGCCGGUGCAGCCCAGGCUGCCGAGGGCCCUCUCAGUGUGGCCUGGGCCUCACACCCAGGAGCUCUCCGAGCAGCAGCUCCCCAUCCCGCUGCCCUUCUGCUGGCUCUGCAGAACUCUGCUCAAGCGGGUCCAGGCCAUGAUUCCCAAGGGUGUGCUGGCCGUGGCUGUGGCCCAGGUGUGCCACGUGGUGCCCCUGGUGGUGGGUGGCAUCUGCCAGUGCCUGGCGGAGCGCUACACAGUCCUCCUGCUGGACGCACUGAUGAGCCGCAUGCUGCCCCAGCUGGUGUGCGGCCUCAUCCUCCGGUGCUCCAUGGAGAACAGCGCUGGCCCCGUCCUCCCCGCGCUGUCCCUGUCAGAAGAAUGGCUGUCGCAGGAUUCCGAGUGCCACCUCUGUGUGUCUGUGACCACCCAGGCCUGGAAUAGCAGCCAGCAGGCCAGGCCCCAGGCCAUGCGCCAGGCCUGCCUCAGCUCUCCAUUGGACAGGCAGAAGUGCGAGCAUUUUGUGGAGCAGUACACGCCCCAGCUGCUGGCCCUGGAGCCCAGGGCCGGUGAUGCCCGUGCUGCUUGCCAGGCCCUGGGCGUGUGUGAGGCCAGCAACCCUCUCCAGUGUUUCCAGAUCCCCCAGUUCUGACGAGAGCUCAGCCUCCAGAACCUCACACUAGGGAGCCACGAGCCCCAGCCUGCGCCUUCAGAUGUGUCAGCCCUGUCUGUCCCAGCUCCAUCCACAGCCCGGCACCAGAGCCACUCUGUGCCCUGGAGAAGGAAGCAGAUUCCCACACACCACAGGCAGGCCUGGCUCCCACAGCCUCUGGGCCGGCUGAGGAAAAACUGCCCGGCUCCAGCAGGAUGGUGGGGAGAGGCUGGGCCCAGCCUCCCACCGACUCCAUGCACUCCACAGAGGCUUUUAUGGUUGUUUGCUAACACGCUUGCAAAAUUCAAAACUUGAAAGAAUAAAAAACGGGAACAUAAAGUACCUAAAAGAUAAA